ACUUUUGUAAUUACUUUCAUUAUGGCAGCCUCCAUCAAAGUGUUUCAUUGGGGAUAAAGAUGAUACUGCUGAAUCCUUUAACACCAAUAUGGCACCAAAUUAUAUAUGAGGGUUGUGUGCUAUUGGAAGUAAUAACAGUCCAGGGGUGGACUGACAGUUUGGAAACUCGGGCACUGCCCGAGGGCCCAGGGGUCAGUAGGGGGCCCCAUGAGAUGCCCCUGGUACCUUUUUCAUAGGCUUUUUUUGAGUUUGGGCAAGGACACAGGGGCCCCAUGAUCCCCUAUUGCCCAGGGGCCCCAUGA